UCUGACACUCUGUGAACUAUCUCUUCUUGUGCACAAGAACAAAAUUCCACAAAGACAUUGAUUGACUCAAGAUCUUUUAUUGGACAAAUCCUUGUAACCGAAAUUUCCUUUUACACUUAUCCACCUGGUGCGCUAUUGGCGGGUUUAACACGGGUUUAACACGGGUUUAACCCGUUGAUUUCGCUGUCGCUGUUAUUUUAAAAGAUUUCAAAUUUUUUUCUCUGAAAACGGAACAGAAACUUGCCCUGGAACAAUUCCUACAAAAGAAGGAUGUGUUUGCCUUACUACUGAUGGGCUUUGCAAAUGUUGGGCUUCAGCGAUUCUCUGAAUGGGGAGGUCAAACCUCGUAUACUGUUGAUGGGCCUGAGGAGGAGCGGGAAGUCCUCCAUCCAGAAGGUGGUUUUCCAUAAAAUGUCGCCCAAUGAGACCCUGUUCCUGGAGAGCACCAAUAAGAUCUGCAGAGAGGACGUCUCCAGCAGCUCCUUCGUCAGCUUCCAGAUCUGGGACUUCCCCGGCCAGAUCGACUUCUUUGACCCCACCUUUGACUAUGAAAUGAUCUUCAGAGGCACCGGGGCGCUAAUCUUUGUCAUCGACUCACAGGAUGACUAUGUGGAGGCUCUGAGUAGACUGCACCUCACAGUGACCCGGGCCUACAAAGUCAACCCAGAAAUCAACUUUGAGGUGUUCAUUCACAAAGUGGACGGCCUGUCAGAUGACCAUAAGAUCGAGAAGCAGAGGGACAUUAACAAACGAGCCAACGAUGACCUGGCUGACGCAGGCCUGGAAAGAAUACACCUGAGCUUCUAUUUAACCAGUAUAUAUGAUCACUCCAUAUUCGAGGCUUUCAGCAAAGUGGUCCAGAAGCUUAUUCCGCAGCUCCCCACGCUGGAAAACCUGCUCAACAUCUUCAUAUCUAACUCCGGCGUUGAGAAGGCCUUCCUGUUCGAUGUGGUCAGUAAGAUCUACAUCGCCACAGACAGCAGUCCAGUGGAUAUGCAGACAUAUGAACUGUGUUGUGACAUGAUCGAUGUGGUCAUUGACAUCUCCUGCAUCUAUGGCAUGAGUGACAGUGAAGCUGGUUUACCCUAUGACGAGGAGUCUAUGGCCAUCAUCCACCUGAACAACACUACAGUCAUGUACCUGAAGGAGGUCACCAAGUUCCUCGCCAUGGUCUGCUUCCUCCGCAAGGAAAGCUUUGAGAGAAAAGGACUGAUUGACUACAAUUUCCACUGCUUCAAGCAAGCCAUCCAGGAGGUUUUUGAUGUCCGAGUAAAGGUUCAACAGAAUCGUAAACUUCUCAGUCAGAGGAGGCGGAGCAAACUGACUAUGGCCAAUGGAGAGCUCGGCAACGCCCACUGAGGACUGAUGACGUCACAUCAGACAGCCAAAUGUGCCUGAGCUGCCCCCCCGACAAAUCCAUGAGAUUCUGUCCUCAUUCAGAGGGGCACAUCAGAUUUUUUUUUAUGUUGCUGGGAGUCGUUCAGUCUGUUCAAUCCACACUGACUCCGACCGCCAUCGUCUCUGUUAACACAUUCUCAGUCCCAUUGCGUCAAAAAGCCACGCUCGAUCAGGUGCUUUUGGCGUUUGGAAUUAACGCAAAAAGUCUCCUUUACAGUCCUUCCAGAAAAACGCGAUUAUGCGAUCGCAUAAUUCAAUGCAUAA